UGAUUCACAGCUUCUCAGGAACUUGGGCUUCAUUUUCAACUUCACUUCACUAAUCAAUUAAUUAGUACUUGACCACUAUUAAGUCCGUCAAAUAUAUUUAAACUAUUAGUUACACAUUUUGAAAUUAUCAAUUAGCUCAAUAUAUUUACAUUUCCUUGCUCAAGUGAUAUCCCUCCUAUUGUUUUGAAUUUGAUAGUCGGUAUAGGUUAAUUGGCGUGUUUAUUUAUAAUCUUUUGUUUUGGCAUGGAACUUUACUUAUCCUUGACUGAUAGCUGCUUACCUUUGAAUGUUGGUUAAUUAUGACUUCUUUCUUGUUGUUAUUAUGGAUGUUCUGCAGCUAAUUAACAACAUUAACGAAUCCCUCAACUCUUACUUUGUGGGAAAAUGUCUACAGGCGUUUGGAAUAGAUGCAGAAGAACAUCAACAGGCUGUGACAUGGGCUCUGUUUGUCUGCCUAAGUUUCCUGUCCAUUGUAAUUGUGUUGUUUGCCUGGAAAUGGAAGAAUCGAGAAUUUCUGCCCGAAGUAAAGGAGUUCGUUGGAGUAGGAUCUACUCGACCAAGAUUCCGAAAAAGAGACAAAGUUCUAUUCUACGGCCGUAAAAUGCUCAGAAAGGUGAAAUCUAUUUCGGGGCAAGUUCAUGGAGGUCAAGGCAAGAAGCGGAAACUAGUCAUCAAAUUCGCCAGAAAAUUGCUGCAAAUGAAGAAGGAAAAUGCCCCUCAACAGCUCAAGGUUUUGGAACCCCCUGCAGAAUUCUUACAAGAAGAUAUAUCUACAAUAGAUGACAGAGUUCCACCCGAUGCCUUCUACAUGCUACAAAGUAUAAGAGUGUUCGGCCAUUUUGAGAAGCCAAUUUUCCUCAAACUUUGCAAGCACACAGAUAUCCUCAAUCUCCCGGCUGGUUCUUAUUUGUUCAAAAUUGGUGAUCCAGAUGAAAACGUGUACGUAGUUCAGAAUGGAAAAGUGAAUGUGUUUAUUACGGGCAACGAUGGUGCUAUUAUUUCGUUGAAAGUUGUCAAGACUGGAGAUUCUGUUACUUCGCUGCUCAGUUUCACUGAUGUUUUGACUGGCCACCCGAAACCCUACAAAACCGUGUCGGCGCGGGCGGUGGAAGACUCUACGGUGGUGCGUCUACCAAUGGCCGCCUUCCAGGAGGUGUUCCAGGAGUACCCCGAACAUUUCAUCCGAGUCAUGCAGGUGAUCAUGGUUCGACUGCAGCGAGUCACGUUCACAGCGCUGCAUCAGCAUCUAGGCCUUAGUGCCGAGCUCGUCAACCCGGGUGUGCAAAAGAAGAAGAUGAGUCCAUCUUUUGGUGGAGCCUCUUCACCUGUAAAAGGCAGACCUAGGGAUGGCUCAGAAGCCUAUGGAUCAGUGCAACAACAGGACAACGGAUUUCCGUUUCCGCUUCCGCAUCAGAUGUCUGUAUCUGACGGCGCCGACAUGAUGACGUCUUCAGUGACGUCAUCGCAGCAUCAGCCGACACAUCGCCGUUCCCGCUCCGGCUUCGAGAUGCGGUUCCCGCACGCGGGAAGUCAGCCGCCCGAUAUCAUGCCUGAGUUCGAUCAUGCGCCGCAGAUUCCGCCCGACAUCCAACUGCAACAACAGCAGUCGGGUGCCAUACUGCAAAACACGGCGGUGACGUCACAGCGCGGUGGCAAGGUGGGUCGCCCCACCCUGGAGCCCUACGACGAGGCGGCGCUCAUCGCUCAGGCCACCGAGGCGUUUGUGCGUGAACUGGGACUGACCGACGCCGAGGGCGCCACGCUGCUGGGCGACGGCAAGGUCGAGAUCAGGGAGGUACCCCAAGGCACCUAUCUCAUGAAGGAGGAGUCGCAUAAGGACGUGGCACUAGUCUACCUGCUGACGGGCACCCUGGUAGUGUCGCAGAAGCUGCUAGAUAGUCGCAGCCGAGAGGAGGAGGAGGUGCACAUGUUUUCGGCGCACCCUGGUGAGAUAGUGGGCGGCCUGGCUGUGCUGACCGGGGAGCCGAGCUUCUUCACAAUUCGCGCCAAGCAUUCGUCGCGCAUUGCACUAUUGUCCAAAACGACCGUCUACAAUAUUCUGCGAGAAAAGCCCCAGGUAGUUCUGCAUAUAGCGCACACAGUAGUGAAACGUCUCUCGCCGUUCGUGCGUCAGGUAGACUUUGCUCUCGACUGGGUCUUCAAGGAGAGUGGCCAGGCUGUCUACAGACAAGAAGAUGAAUCUGAUAGUACGUUUAUAGUGCUGAGCGGCCGUCUCAGGUCUGUGAUAACACAUCGCAAUGGCAAGAAAGAACUUGUUGGUGAAUAUGGCAAAGGAGAUCUAGUUGGCAUUGUUGAAAUGGUGACUCAGACCCCACGCAGUACAACAGUGAUAGCCGUGCGUGACUCAGAGCUGGCCAAACUACCAGAAGGGCUCUUCAACGCUAUCAAACUCAGAUACCCCAUUGUAGUUACAAGACUGAUUAAUUUAUUAGGACACCGUAUUUUAGGUUCUUGGCAGAAGCCAAGUCCGGCAGUUUUCAGCCCAGCUGUGGACUCUAGACUGCCGCAGAACAAUUUCUCGACCGUCGCACUGAUCGCUGUCAAUGAUGAUGUGCCUCUCACCGCCUUCACCUAUGAAUUGUACCAUGCCGUCAACGUUAUAGUACCGAGCAUCCGUCUGACGUCAGAAGUGAUGCGUAAGACACUGGGCGCCGCUUGCAUGGAACAAAGCAACGAGUACAGACUGACCAGUUGGCUGGCUCAGCAGGAGGACCAGCAUCGUAUCGCCCUCUACCAGUGUGACUCACAGUUCACGCCCUGGACGCAGCGCUGUAUUAGACAGGCUGACUGUGUGCUGAUUGUGGGCCUGGGGGAUAGUGCGCCUAGUGUCGGCAAGAUGGAGAAGGAAGUGGAGCGCAUAGCGAUGCGCACGCGCAAAGAACUGGUGCUGCUUCACAGAGACGGUGGCGACCGGCCGAACAACACGGUGGCCUGGCUCAAUAUGCGCUCCUGGGUGUCCACCCACCAUCAUAUACAGUGCAGCAAGCGUAUGUUCACACGGCGGUCACUCUAUCGCAUCAACGAGUUAUACUCGAAAGUGUUGAUGUCGGAACCGAACGUGCAUUCGGACUUUUCGCGGCUGGCAAGAUGGCUGACCGGCACCUCUGUGGGGCUGGUGCUGGGAGGGGGAGGAGCCAGAGGGGCUUCGCAUGUCGGCAUGGUCAAGGCUAUACAGGAAGCUGGAAUACCAAUAGACAUGGUAGGAGGUGUCAGCAUAGGAGCUUUUAUGGGCGCUCUGUGGUGUAUGGAGCGAGAUGUUACGAGAAUGACCCAAAAGGCGAGGGAAUGGUCAAAAAAAAUGACUCAAUGGUGGCGCCAGCUAUGGGAUUUAACGUAUCCCGUGACGUCAAUGUUCACCGGCCGAGAUUUCAAUCAGACGAUUUACAGCACUUUCGGAGAUACCUACAUCGAAGACCUCUGGCUACCCUACUUCACAGUUACCACCGACAUAUCAGCCAGUGCUAUGCGGAUUCAUACGCAUGGCUCGCUGUGGCGCUACAUUCGUGCGUCAAUGUCGCUUUCCGGCUACAUGCCACCGCUGUGCGACCCGGUCGACCAGCACCUCCUAUUGGACGGCGGCUACGUCAACAAUCUGCCAGCUGACGUGAUGCGCAGUCAAGGGGCAGCGCACAUCCUGGCAAUAGACGUGGGCUCCCAGGACGACACCGAUCUCACCAACUACGGCGACUCACUGUCCGGCUGGUGGCUGCUGUGGAAACGCUUCAACCCGUUCACCACACCCGUCAAGGUGCCCAACCUGCCCGACAUACAGUCACGACUCGCCUAUGUGUCGUGUGUGCAGCAGUUGGAGGAGGUGAAAAGAAGUGACUAUUGUGAAUACAUUAGACCACCGAUCGAUAAGUACAAGACAUUGCAGUUUGGAAGCUUCGAUGAAAUCAAGGACGUAGGCUUCAUCCACGGCCAGACCUACUUUGCCGGUCUGAUGAAGGCCGGACCGCCGUCCUUCCUCAAGCAACAGCUGACAGCAGACAGCAGACGACGGCUGUCCUCCUCGCCAUCAACAGCUGAUCAUCACUGCUCGGACGCCAGGGGGCGCAGUCUGUCGGGGGCGCACUCUACCGCCGUGGGCGGCCAGCAAGGGAGCGCCGCCACUGGAUACACUUUCACCGACCUCGCACAGAUGGUGUGUCAAGUGCAGCCCAGCAAGAAGUAUUGGGAUGAGAGCUCAACCUCGUCUGACGAUUACGAAGCAGAUGAAGAGGACGCUCAGGAAGUGGGUUAUGUCUCGGAGCCAUCUUCGCGAAUUCUGGAGGGAAGCAAAUCGAUGCUGAGGCGUCGCCAAGGAGGAUCUCUGUCUCUCUCCGAGAACGAAAUCGAAUCUGAAACCAACUAAUCAAUCGGUGAUAGACAUCGAAGUAGUCUGAAUAGCUGAUUGGAUUAAUUGAUAAUAUAUCUCGCUUAAAACUGAGUUGGAUAGUCAAUUGAUUAAUGUCCUAGAAUAGAAUCAAAUUUUCGCUUAAACCGAAGUUGAGUUGGAUAGUUAAUCAACUGUCCAAGAAUGAUAUCUCGCUUAAAACUGAGUUGGAUAGUUAAUUGAUUAAAGCCCUAGAAUGGAAUAGAAGUUUUCGUUUAAACCGAAGUUGAUUUGGAUAGUUGAAUCAACUGUCCAAGAAUGUAAUGAUAUCUCGCUUAAAAACGGAGUUGGAUAGCUAAUUGAUUAAUGUCCUAGUGUGGAAUCAAGUUUUCGCUUAAACCGAAGUUGAGUUGGAUAGUGAAUCAACUGUCCAAGAAUGUAAUGAUAUGUCGUUUAAAACUGAGUUGGAUAGUUAAAAUUGAUUUAUGUCCUAGAAUGGAAUGAAGUUUUCGCUUAAAACGAAGUUUAGUUGAAUAGUUAAAUCAACUGUCCAAGAAGUUGGAAACUAGUUAAUUAAUUAAUUGGUUGGUUACUCUCCGUAAAAAUUAAUUCUGAGAGCAGACAACUAAGAAGUUUGCUUCUGAAACCAAUCGGUUAAUCAAUGAUAGACAUCAAACUCGUUUGAAUAUCUGAUCAGAUUAAUAAAUUGAUAUCUCGCCUAAAACUGGAUUGGAUAGUUGAUUGGUAACUGUCCAAGAAUGGUAUCUUAAAACUGAGUUAGAUAGUUGAUCGGUACCUAACUGUCCUAGAAUGGAAUAAAGUUUUUGCUUCUGAAACCCAAUCAAUGAUAGGCAUCAAAUUCGUUUGAGAAUCUGAUCAGAUUAAUUGAUAUCUCACUUGAAACGGAGUUGUACAUUUAAUUGAUUAAUGUUCAAGAAUAAAAUAUAGUUUUUGAUUAACGAAACUGAGAACGUUAAUCAAUCAAAGGCAGGCAUAAAUUCGUUUGAAUAGCUGAUUGGAUAAAUUGAUAUCUCGCUUAAAACGGAGUUCGAUAGUUGAUAGGUUACUGUCCAAGAGUGUUAUCAAAUUGUCGCUUAAAACGAUGUUUAGUUGGAUAGUUGAUUAAUUAAUGUCCAAGAAUGUAUUCAAGUUGGAAACUAGUUGAUCAAUCAGUUAAGAAGGAAACUAGUUGUAAUCAAUUGAUUUAUUACUCUCUGUAAACGAAAUUGUGUCUGAAAGUAAUUGGCCAGUUGAUUAAUUAAUUGAUUAGUAUUUUACUGAUAGUCAUCGAGUUUAUUCGAAUAGAGGAAUUUAGCUAGACGUUUUGUUGAUGUUUGGAAAUCUGUGAUCUGUUGAGUCAGUGCUGAAUUUGAGGAGGAGGUUUGAACUGAGGAGUGAGCGGAGGGGCACGGGGGAAUAGGAGGAGGAGAAGGAAAUAAAUUUAAAUUAUUGAAAGGAAAUAAUAAUGUAGAGGGGAACAGAAAAGAAUACAAAUGAUAGUUAAACAAAGAACAACCUGAAUUCUAGAAUUCUAUUUUGAUCAGAACUUUUAUAUUGGUCAAGUUAAAACAGGCUAGGAAGGUUUGAAAGAAAGAGAUCUAAACAAGACCAUACAUUUCCAGAAAAAGAACGAAUAGAUGGCAGUUUAUCACCUGUAUAUGUAAAGUACGAUCUAAUUAUUUCUAUCAACCCUAAAAAUCAGCAGUAAAUUUGCUAAAAUCUAUUCAAUAUAUAGAAUGAUUCUGAUAGGACUGAUCUCCAAACUCCAUUAUUGCUGUAACGAAGCUUGAGAUAAGAUGUCAGUCAUGCUACCUACCAUAAAAACAAUGCAAUUCUUAUUAAUUUUUCAUUGUAGCUAGUAAUUUGUAGUUAGUAAGUUUAAGUUACUUCUCAUCUAGUUCUCAACUUAGUGACUAGUUUUGUCUGUUUAGUUUUUUUAGCAAGAAUGCGAUUGUUUGUUUCGAUUUUGAUACUUCAAUUUCUUUUUAGUUUAAUAUAGUUUUGAUGUUAGAACAGAAUAUUGCUUCAAAUUGUCGGUAUUAAAUUAUUCAUGAUUACUUUCUUGUUCUCAAGAAUGUUGUAGAAGAACUAGGAAAGAAUUCAGGAAAGUUCAUUUAAUCAAUAUUUUGCACAUAAUUUUUAUCAACUUUCAAUUUAGUAAUAAUUAUUGAAUCUUGGUUGAUAAACUUUUGUUGGUUGAAGUUUUCAUAAAUUGAAACCGCCUCUAUUAUCAAUUAUCUCAAUCCAGUUUUGUCAUUUUGAAGAUACUAGUCACAUUUUCAUUUUCUCUAAGAUUGAACGAAUUUCUGUUUCAUACUAUUCUUGCACAAAUUGUUAUUGAUAGUCACUUUUUCAUUGUUGAUAAACAUAAAUUAUUGUGUAAAAAUUUUGUUUUGCACAAAUGUGUAUCUCUCUUGAUCAUGUAAAAUGAAGAGAAUAAAUAAUAAUUCUCAUUGAUCAAUAUUGGUUUUCCAUGACAUUUUCUAAACAAUAGUCAUGGUAUCUUGGUAUGGUGUUUGAAUUUUUCCCACCAAUUAAAACUUAAAAGUUAUUACCACCUACAGUAUCAAACAGUCUCGUAAUAGAGAAAAUUUAAAAAUUACCUGUGAAAAUUGGAAAUGAAUUUUUAAUAGAAAUAUAUAUUUCUCAUAGAGAGUAAAGUACUCAAUCUUUUCAAUCCAUAGAGAAGAGAUAGCCUUUACCUAGCUGUGUAAUAUACUUGGAAAUAUUUUAUAAAAAUUCUAUUAAAUGAUUAAUAUACAUUUUUUUAGGUUUAACUAACUGUGAUAAAUUUCUCACUUUUUCAAAAUUUUUUGUUGAAAAAUUAUUGUUCUUCUAGAGAAAUGUUUUGUUCCGCUUGUAAUUAUUUUGGAUAUAAGAUCUAGUUUUACACUAAAUCGUGAAUGCUAUAUUUAUAAGAUAAUUUUUUUUCCUAUCAAUGUGUAUUAUCAUUUUAGUUUGAUUCUAUUGUAGCCUAACUCUAAAAAUUGUAGUAGGCCUACCAUACAUUAUCUUUAAUCUCAGCCUUUUCAUGUAGUGAAUGAUGUUUGAAAAUUAUGUUGACUCAGAUGUUGAAAAAAUGAUAGUCUCUUAAAAUUUAAUGCUACAGUGUCAAUAGUCAGUAGUAUUUUUUAUUUAUUUUGUAAUUGAAAUAAAAAAAAUUAUGUUGUUA